AUGAUUGAAAAAAAUCAUGUUUAUAAAAGGAAAAAAAAUAAUAUUUUUAGUUUAACACUUCUUCUUUUUUUAGUAGCCCUUUUUUUCAUCUAUAAUAGAACCCCCUUUUCAAACACAAAUACUCUAUACGAACCUUUUAAAUGUCCUGCUUAUGAUUUAAUAAUAGGCAACGAUCCUACUCAUAUAGCAGAUAAUCUUAUCUAUAAUAAUUCUUUAAGAAAUGAUACCAUUAGAAAACUCUCCAAUCUAGUCAAGAUCCCCACAGAGAUUUAUGAUGACUUCAACAACCCUUCACAGGUAUGGGACGAUCCAAAUUGGGAACCUUUCAAGAGAUUACAUGAACAAUUGGAAAUUGAUUUCCCCUUGAUAUGGUCUAAUUUACAAAUUGAAAAAAUUAAUAAUUUUUCCAUCUUAAUUACAUGGCAAGGUACAAUUACUGAUUUAAGACCAAUCAUGUUUGCUGCACAUCAAGAUGUAGUUCCCGUAGUAAGAGAAACUUGGUCAAAUUGGAAAUACCCUCCAUUUUCAGGCCAUUUCGAUGGUCAAUACUUAUGGGGUCGUGGUGCUUUUGAUGAUAAAAAUAUGUUGGUCGGGAUCUUACAAUCUUUGGAAUAUAUGCUAAGUUCAGAACCAGAUUUCCAACCAUCUCGUACUAUUAUUGUGGCAUUGGGAUUUGAUGAAGAAGCUUCAGGAAGAUAUGGUGCCAAAUAUUUGAAUGAUGUCUUAUUAAAAAGAUAUGGCCAAUAUGGUAUUUAUUCAAUCAUGGAUGAAGGGGUUCUUGGCCUAAGAACAGUGGAGGAUGUAUUAGUAGCUUCACCUAGCAUCGGUGAAAAGGGAUAUUUGAAUUUAAAUAUUGAUAUUAAUACUCCAGGUGGUCAUUCUUCUGUACCACCAGAUCAUACUUCUAUUGGGAUUGCUUCCACUUUAAUACAUGAAAUGGAAUUAAAUAAAUUCGAUCCUACUUUUACUCCUAUUAAUCCAAUGUCAACAUUUUAUCAAUGUGUAGCAGAAUAUUCUCCUACAAUGGAUUCUAAUUUGAAAUUCGAUUUUGCUAAUGCCUUUAAUAAUGAAAAAUCAAAUGCAAAUGUUUUAAAUUAUUUAGUUAAUACUGAUAGGAAAAUAGAAUACCUUUUCCGUACUUCAAAGGCGUUUGAUAUGAUUAAUGGAGGUGUCAAGGCAAAUGCUCUACCUGAAUAUGUCUCUAUCCUAUUAAAUAGUAGAAUAAGUGUAGACUCUUCUUUGAACGUCACACUAACAAAUUUCAUAAACCAUGCUGAAUCGGUGGCUAAACAUUAUGAUUUAGGAUUAAUUUUUGAAGAUAAGAUUUUGUUAGAGAAGACAGAAUCUGGUUAUAUUAAUAUGACCAUCGCUGUAGGAUUCGAACCGGCUCCAAUUUCUCCUAAUAAUGAAGUUUGGAAAGAAUUUGCAAGUACUAUUAAGGGAUUUUAUCAAAAGAUUGUAUUACCAAGAAAAUUCAACGAUUCAAAUACAGAACUCGUUAUUACACCAUCAAUAAUGCCUGCAAAUACUGAUACUGCAAAAUAUUGGAAUCUAACAAGAAAUAUUUACAGAUUCCAACCAGGAUUUACAGAUGAAGAAACAAUGUUAUCAAUACAUUCUGUUAAUGAAAGAGUGGAUAUUGAUAUUGUUAUGGAAGUAAUAGGGUUUGUAUAUGAUUACAUCCUUGUUUCAAAUAAUAAUGAUAUUAAAUAG